AUGGCGGAACGGGCCAAUCUGGUCUUUCAUAAUAAAGAGAUAGACGGAACUGGUAUGAAACGACUUAUUAGCAGAUUAAUAGAUCAUUUUGGAAUGGGAUAUACAUCCCAUAUACUGGAUCAACUAAAGACUCUGGGCUUCCAUCAAGCCACUACUACAUCGAUUUCGUUAGGAAUCGAGGAUCUUUUAACAAUACCCUCUAAGGGAUGGUUAGUCCAAGACGCGGAACAACAGAGUUUUCUUUUGGAGAAACACUAUUAUUAUGGGGCUGUACACGCGGUAGAAAAAUUACGCCAAUCUGUUGAGAUAUGGUAUGCGACAAGUGAAUAUUUGAAACAAGAAAUGAAUUCAAAUUUUCGGAUAACGGAUCCUUCUAAUCCAGUCUAUCUAAUGUCUUUUUCAGGAGCCAGAGGAAAUGCAUCUCAAGUACACCAAUUAGUAGGUAUGAGAGGAUUAAUGUCGGACCCUCAAGGACAAAUGAUUGAUUUACCUAUUCAAAGCAAUUUACGCGAGGGACUUUCUUUGACAGAAUAUAUAAUUUCCUGCUAUGGAGCCCGCAAAGGGGUUGUAGAUACUGCUGUGCGAACAGCAGAUGCUGGAUAUCUUACACGUAGACUUGUUGAAGUAGUUCAACAUAUUAUUGUGCGUAGAAGAGAUUGUGGUACUAUCCGAGGUAUUUCUGUAAGUCCUCAAAAUGGGAUGACGGAAAAACUUUUUGUCCAAACACUAAUUGGUCGUGUAUUAGCAGACGAUAUAUAUAUCGGUUCACGAUGCAUUGCCGCGCGAAAUCAAGAUAUUGGAAUUGGAUUAGUCAAUCGAUUCAUAACUGCCUUUCGAGCACAACCAUUUCGAGCACAACCAAUAUAUAUUAGAACCCCCUUUACUUGCCGAAGCACUUCUUGGAUCUGUCAAUUAUGCUAUGGCCGGAGUCCUACUCAUAGUGAUCUGGUCGAAUUGGGAGAAGCCGUAGGUAUUAUUGCGGGUCAAUCAAUUGGGGAGCCAGGGACUCAACUAACAUUAAGAACUUUUCAUACUGGCGGAGUAUUCACAGGGGGUACUGCCGACCUUGUACGAUCCCCUUCGAAUGGAAAAAUAAAAUUCAAUGAGAAUUUGGUUCACCCCACACGUACCCGUCAUGGGCAGCCUGCUUUUCUAUGUUAUAUAGACUUGCAUGUAACUAUUCAGAGUCAAGAUAUUCUAUAUAGUGUGAAUAUUCCCUCAAAAAGCUUGAUUCUAGUGCAAAAUGAUCAAUAUGUAAAAUCCGAACAAGUAAUUGCGGAGAUUCGUGCCGGAACGUCCACUUUACAUUUUAAAGAAAGGGUACAAAAGCAUAUUUAUUCUGAAUCAGACGGCGAAAUGCACUGGAGUACUGAUGUUUACCAUGCGCCCGAAUAUCAAUAUGGUAAUCUUCGCCGAUUACCAAAAACAAGCCAUUUAUGGAUAUUGUCAGUAAGUAUGUGCAGAUCCAGUAUAGCGUCUUUUUCACUCCACAAGGAUCAAGAUCAAAUGAAUACUUAUGGUAAAAAAGAUAGGGAAAUUCUUGAUUAUUCAACGUCGGAUCGAAUCAUGUCCAAUGGCCAUUGGAAUUUUAUCUAUCCUUCUAUUUUUCAAGAUAAUUCAGAUUUGUUGGCGAAAAAGCGAAGAAAUAGGUUCGUCAUUCCAUUACAAUAUCAUCAAGAACAAGAGAAAGAACUAAUAUCCUGUUUUGGGAUUUCGAUUGAAAUCCCCCUUAUGGGUGUUUUACGUAGAAAUACUAUUUUUGCUUAUUUUGACGAUCCCCGAUACAGAAAAGAUAAAAAGGGUUCAGGAAUUGUUAAAUUUAGAUAUAGGACCCUAGAAGAAGAAUAUAGGACUCGAGCGGAAGACUCAGAAGAGGAAUAUGAGACCCUAGAAGACGAAUACAGGACCCGAGAGGACGAAUAUGAAUAUGAAACCCUAGAAGAAUCUAAAUAUGGAAUCCUAGAAGACGAAUACGAAUAUGAAACCCUAGAAGACGAAUAUGGGAGCCCAGAAAACGAAUAUGGGAACCCAGAGAACGAAUAUAGGACUUUAGAGAAAGACUCAGAAGAGGAAUAUGGGAGCCCAGAGAGCAAAUAUAGGACCCAAGAGGACGAAUAUGGAACUCUAGAGGAAGACUCAGAAGACGAAUAUGGCAGCCCCGGGGAAAGCGCAGAGGAAAAAUAUGGUACUUUAGAGGAAGACUCAGAAGAAGAUUCAGAGGACGAAUACGAGAGCCCAGAGGAAGAUUCCAUCUUAAAAAAAGAGGGUUUGAUUGAGCAUCGAGGAACAAAAGAAUUUAGUCUAAAAUACCAAAAAGAAGUAGAUCGGUUUUUUUUCAUUCUUCAAGAACUUCAUAUCUUGCCGAGAUCUUCAUCCCUAAAGAUACUUGACAAUAGUAUUAUUGGAGUGGAUACACAACUCACAAAAAAUACAAGAAGUCGACUAGGCGGACUGGUCCGAGUGAAGAGAAAAAAAAGCCAUACGGAACUCAAAAUAUUUUCCGGAGAUAUUCAUUUUCCUGAAGAGGCGGAUAAGAUAUUAGGUGGCUGUUUGAUACCGCCAGAAAGACAAAAAAAAGAUUCUAAGGAAUCAAAAAAAAGGAAAAAUUGGGUCUAUGUUCAACGGAAAAAAAUUCUCAAGAGCAAGGAAAAGUAUUUUGUUUCCGUUCGCCCUACAGUGGCAUAUGAAAUGGACGAAGGAAGAAAUUUAGCAACACUUUUCCCGCAGGAUCUCUUGCAAGAAGAAAAUAAUCUCCAAAUUCGACUUGUCAAUUUUAUUUCUCAUGAAAAUAGCAAGUUAACUCAAAGAAUUUAUCACACAAAUAGUCAAUUUGUUAGAACUUGCUUAGUAGUGAAUUGGGAACAAGAAGAAAAAGAAAAGGCUGGUGCUUCCCUUGUUGAGGUAAGAGCAAAUGAUCUUAUUCGCGAUUUCCUAAGAAUUGAGUUAGUCAAGUCCACUAUUUCGUAUACACGAAAAAGGUAUGGUAGGACAAGUGCAGGACCGAUUCCCCAUAAUAGGUUAGAUCGCGCCAAUAUCAAUUCUUUUUAUUCCAAGGCGAAGAUUGAAUCACUUAGCCAACAUCCAGAAGCUAUUGGCACUUUGUUGAAUCGAAAUAAAGAAUACCACUCUUUGAUGAUUUUGUCGGCAUCCAACUGUUCUCGAAUUGGUUUAUUCAAGAAUUCAAAACAUCCCAAUGCGAUAAAAGAAUGGAAUCCUAGAAUUCCUAUUCGAGAAAUUUUUGGGCCCUUAGGCGCUAUUGUAGCUAGUAUAUCGCAUUUUUCUUCAUCUUACUAUUUACUAACGCAUAAUAAAAUCCUGUUAAAAAAAUAUUUGUUCGUUGACAAUUUAAAACAAACCUUCCAAGUACUUCAAGAACUUAAAUACUCUUUAAUAGAUGAAAAUAAAAGGAUUUCUAAUUUCGAUAGUAACAUAAUGUUGGAUCCAUUCCUUUUGAAUUGUCACUUUGUCCAUCAUGAUUCUUGGGAAGAGACAUUGGCAAUAAUUCACCUUGGACAAUUUAUUUGUGAAAAUGUAUGUCUAUUUAAAUCGCACAUAAAAAAAUCCGGUCAAAUUUUCAUUGUAAAUAUGAAUUCCUUUGUUAUAAGAGCAGCUAAACCUUAUUUGGCCACUACAGGAGCAACUGUUAAUGGUCAUUAUGGAGAAAUCCUUUACAAGGGAGAUAGGUUAGUUACGUUUAUAUAUGAAAAAUCGAGAUCUAGUGACAUAACGCAAGGUCUUCCAAAAGUGGAACAAAUCUUUGAAGCGCGUUCAAUUGAUUCAUUAUCCCCGAAUCUCGAAAGGAGAAUUGAGGAUUGGAAUGAGCGUAUACCAAGAAUUCUUGGGGUCCCUUGGGGAUUCUUGAUUGGAGCUGAGCUAACCAUAGCCCAAAGUCGUAUCUCUUUGGUUAAUAAAAUCCAAAAGGUUUAUCGAUCCCAAGGGGUACAGAUCCAUAAUAGACAUAUAGAGAUUAUUAUACGCCAAGUAACAUCAAAAGUGCGGGUUUCCGAAGAUGGAAUGUCUAAUGUUUUUUCGCCUGGGGAAUUAAUCGGACUAUUGCGAGCGGAACGAGCAGGACGAGCUUUGGAUGAAUCGAUCUAUUAUCGGGCAAUCUUAUUGGGAAUAACAAGGGCUUCCCUAAAUACCCAAAGUUUCAUAUCUGAAGCAAGUUUUCAAGAAACUGCUCGAGUUUUAGCAAAAGCUGCCCUACGAGGUCGCAUUGAUUGGUUGAAAGGCUUGAAAGAAAACGUAGUUCUGGGGGGGAUUAUACCUGUUGGUACCGGAUUCCAAAAAUUUGUGCAUCGUUCCCCACAAGACAAGAACCUUUAUUUCGAAAUAAAAAAAAAAAAUCUAUUCGCGUCGGAAAUGAGAGAUUUUUUGUUUCUCCAUACAGAAUUAGUUUCUUCAGAUUCUGACGUAACAAACAAUUUUUAUGAGACAUAA